AAUUCACAUUAAGCUAUAAAAUCCUAACCGUCAAAAAAUCAACAAACUAAAAAAUCACUUCUUCUUCUUCUACUUCCUCCGCCGUCCGCCACCGUGCCGGAGGAGGUUCAAAAUAUGGAUUACUACAACAUCCUAAAAGUGAAUCGAAAUGCAACCGAAGACGAUUUAAAGAAAUCAUACAAAAAACUUGUAUUGGUAUGGCAUCCAGACAAAAACCCUGGCAACAAAGCCGCCGAAGCUGAAGCCAAAUUCAAACUCAUUUCAGAAGCUUAUGAUGUUUUAAGCGAUCCACAAAAGCGUAAGAUCUACGAUCGUUACGGUGAAGAAGCGUUAAAAUCCGGUGAAGUACCUCCACCAUCUCAGAAACAUUCUUCUUAUGCUGCUUCUUCAUCUUCUUCUUCGUCUUCGCGGCCAUUUCGGAAUAAACACCCUCAGAAUAAUACGACGUCGUUUAAGUUUAAUCCUAGGGAUGCGGAAGAUAUUUAUGCUGAGAUCUUUGGUGAUGAAGGUGGUCCGGAAAAUGGGGGGAAUCGUAGGACAUCGAAUGGUGGUGGUGGUCAGGCGAGGAGGAAAGCUGCUCCUGUUGAGAGGCCGUUGGCUUGUAGUUUGGAAGAUCUUUAUAGAGGAGUUGAUAAGAAGAUGAAGAUUUCUAGGACAAUUACUGAUUUUUUUGGGAAGAGUCGGACUGAGGAUGAGAUUUUGACUAUUAAUCUAAAACCUGGCUGGAAAAAAGGAACAAAGGUUACCUUCCCAGAGAAGGGUAACCAGGGGCAUGAUGUCAUCCCGGCAGACAUUAUUUUUGUAAUUGAAGAGAAACCACAUGCUCGUUAUAUAAGGGAUGGUCAUGAUUUGAUUAUUAACCAACAGAUAAGUCUUGUUGAUGCUCUUACAAGUACAACAUUAGAAAUCCCCACCUUGGAUGGAAGGAAUCUCAUGGUCCCAUUGCCAGGUAUAGUCACACCUGGCUAUGUGCACGAAGUCCCUAACGAAGGAAUGCCUAUAUCCAGAGAACCUGGGAGGAAAGGGGUUUUGAAAAUUAAGAUUGAUGUCAAGUAUCCCACGAGUCUAACUCCUCAGCAAAAAUCUGAUCUAAGGAGAGUCUUAGGUUGAAACACGUAAACACGUAAUUUUUUGUGCAUGCACAUUGUGAAUAUAUGAUGUGCAUUAUAUUUAUGCAUGUGAAUAGCAGGGGUGGAUUUCGGUACUUACUAAGGGCUAGCAUACCAGGGUUCCAUACUUGAUUUUUUGGACUUUUUUGCAGGGUAGGAAUGGUAAGUUAAUGACAGGAAGCACCAAUCUUGGUGAAACAAAUAGGUAGUUAUGCUGGUUUUUUAUUAGCUUGUUUUUCCUUUUGAUUAAACUUAGGUUUUUGAAGUCUUGAUUGUAUCACAAUGAAUCAUGUUUUAUGCAAUCUAAUUGUAUAGAGUUCCUUUGCUUUCA